AAAGUAUCUAAGUGCUUCAACAACCUUUAUUAAAGUAGUAUUCAAUUUAAAAAAUGCGUACUUUUAUUGUAUUUUUAUUAAUACAAAUAGUUCUAAAAUUGUGUGAGUCAAAAGUGGUUUUAACUGAGAAUGAUAUACCUGAGUUAAAGUAUUUAAACAAAAGUGUUGACCCUUGUGACGAUUUCUAUGAAUAUACAUGUGGUAACUUUAAAAAUGUUCAUCCAAGACCAGAUGAUCAAAUACAGAUGGAUCACUUCACGCUAUUAUCACAGGAAAUAGUCAAAACAACCCAAGAGAUCUUGGCCAGUAGCAGUUCCGAUGGUGAUAGUGAAGCAAUCAAGAAAGCCAGAGGUGCUUACAAAGCUUGUGUUGAUGUCGAGUAUUCAGACUCAAUGAAAAACCCAGAACUUCGCGUUAUCAGUGAAGUGAACGGUUUUCCAAUGGUGACCAACUUAAAACGCAAAAAAAAUUACAAACCCAACCCAUUCGGUUGGUAUGACGUAGCCAAACUCAUUUCUGAUUACGGCAUACCUAUGCUCUUUGGUACCAUCCAGAGUAUACCGCAUUACGAAGAUCCAAACAAAACACAACUAUAUGUAAGUACCACAAAAAAAACAAUACAAUUUUAUGACUCUUUUGAAGGUUUACAAGGAAGAGUUACUUCUUCCCACAAUGAUAAGAGAGAACACCUUUCUUACAACAGAUGAAACUAUUGAAAACUCUCUAAAAACAUUCGCCACCAACAGAAAAUUAAAAGGUACUUCCCCAUUCGAUACCUUUUUGGAAAAUAUGGUUCUCAAACUAAGAGAUGCAACUGGAAACUAUUGGACCAGUAAAAAAGAGGUUAUGAAGAAUUUAGCAGCAACCAAAACCUUCAUGAUUGAUUUAUACAACAGUGCUGCACUGCCAAAUCAAACUGAAGAAAUAUUGCCGUUGAUACCGAAAACCUAUACCGUCACAAUCAAGGAAAUACAAGAUUGGACUAGUGAGCAAUUUAGAGAUAGAACUCAAAUAAACUGGUUGAAAUUUUUCCAAAUAGUACUACAAAAGACAGGCCUUACCAUCACAGAAGACACAGAAAUUUUGUGCGCAGAUACCUUUGGUACCAUACUUUACAACCUAAUUAAUCUAGUGGAAAAAACUGAUCCUGAUACCAUCAAGAACUAUUGUCUUCUGAGAAUAUUUCUUUUCAUGGCACCAGAUAGUGAUAGUGAUUCCAGAAGGGAGUUUGAUGAGUAUUUUAAAGGUCUAAACAAGCAACUAUAUUCUAGGGAAGAAUAUUGCACAAGGAAAAUAAUAGACCUAGCUGGAACGGCAAGUUUGAGCUAUGCUGUAGCCUAUGAGUACCAAUUAAGGUACUUCAACGUAAACAAGUUGGAAAAGGCUAAAGACAUGAUUUUCUACCUGUGGAACUCCUUUACGGAUAUCCUAUCGAACGAAAUCGAUUGGAUGGAUUCAGACUCCAAAUCUCAUGCUUUGAACAAAGUCAAAAACAUGAUAACUUUGCUAGGGUACCCGGAAAAAUCUGAAGACAAAGAAGAUAUAGAUGAAUUUUACGAAAAUCUGCGGAUUUGCAACUGGGACAAUUUCGGGAAUGCGAAAAAUAUCAGGGCAUUUAAAAUGGCCUACCAACUGUCACAAUCGAAAUCCAGAGACAGGACUGUAUGGGACAAAAGUCCUUUUGACGCUAACGCUUACUAUACCCGGGCCACAAACAGGAUAAUAUUCCCAGUGGCUAUGUUGAACCCGGUAUUCUUCACAGGAGAAAUAAGUAUUUUGGAUUAUGGGCGAAUCGGGAGCAUUAUUGGACACGAAAUAACCCAUGGAUUUGAUAGCAAGGGCUCAACUUAUAAUGAGGAUGGUUUGGUCAAAAAUUGGAUGUCCAAAGAUAGUAAAGAAGCCUUUAACAAAAAGGCUGAAUGUUUUAAGGAGCAAUACAAUAAGUAUUAUAUACCACAGGCACAAAAAAAUGUGAGUGGGGCUAGAACUCUUGAUGAAAACUUGGCUGAUAAUGGUGGUAUUCGUGAAUCGUACAAAGCUUUAAAACAAUACCUACUAGAUAACCCCUCAAGCUAUAUAGUAGAAAAUUAUACCGAUGAUCAAUUGUUUUUCAUAGGGUUUGGAACGAUGUGGUGCUCGGAUGCCUCAGAUUCAUAUUACCAACAACUGGCCACCUAUGGUCUCUAUCCUCCAACAAAGUAUAGGGUGAAUGGACCUGUGUCAAAUUUGGAGGAAUUUUCGAGAGCCUUUAAUUGCCCCAUUGGAAGCAAUAUGAAUCCCGAGGAUAAAUGUAGAUUGUGGUAGAAUAGACAAAGCAUAUAUUAAAACAUUUUUUAUUUUAUCUAAGUAACAAAUAUCACAUGUAAAUAAAUAAACACAACUCUUAAACUAAACCACCUCGUUUUCCUUUCUUCUGACCUUUUUCCCGCCAAAGUAUUCCUCUAUAUCGGCCAGACUUUUGCCCUUCGUUUCUGGCAGACAUAGGAGCACAAAAAUGGUUCCAAUGAAAGAGAUUGCGCCGUAGAAGAAGAAAACGCCCUGUUUGUACAUACUACCCACCAUUGCAGGGUAAAUUUUGACCGUGAUGAAGUUAAAAAAGUACCCUAUACCGCUGGAGAGACCAGUAGCUGUUCCGCGUAGUUUGGUGGGAAAGACCUCAGCAGCGAACGCAAAUGGAAGCGGUAGAAAGCCCAAUGUGCUCGUAAAGAAGUACAACAACAGAAGAAGUACUGGUAAAAAGAGUAGUUUGGACUGUACAUCACCACUGACUUUACCUUGCUCUAUCAAAAGAAUGUAUCCGCCCAGAACCAACAUACAAACCGACAUCCCUAAACCUGAGAAUAUGGCCAGAGGUCUACGUCCAAACUUCUUCGUAAUAUAACUCAACAAGAUUGCGGAAAACAUUCUAACAACCCCUAUCAAAACUAUAGCCAAGUAGGGAUCAAAUUUAACACCAGCAUUCUCCACUAUGGAUAUGGCAUAGAAAACUAUACUGAAUGUUCCGGAAAACUGUUGAAAGAAGAAAAACACAACCACUAUAACAAAAGCGUUAUAGAACGCGGGCUUCAUCAUCAUUUUGAUCUUCUUCCUCAAUUGCACGCUCAUUGGCGAUUUGUUGGUACCAUUCUUCACCGUUUUUGUCUUUAUUAGACUCUCUAUUUCUUGCUCCACCUGAUAAUUACUCUCCUUAACGCCAAAAACGUAACACAUGUUCAACUUGGCUUCAUCAACUCUAUUUUUUGCUAUCAACCAAGAUGGUGACUCAGGUAUGAAUAAAGCGUUCAAUAAAAUUCCUAUGCAAGGAAAUACCGCUGUAAAUAAGGCCAUUAUCAUCCAGGAAUCCUAAAAAAAUUCUAUCAGAUAAGUAAUUAACCAUACAAUAAAAUGUAACCUUUAAAGCGUAACCCAACAUGUAUAUUAUCAAAACACCUAUGGCGAAAGAUAUUGAACUCCAGGUUGUGAAAACUCCUCUAAGUUUUGGGCUGGAAAUUUCCGCCAUGUAUAUGGUUGCUGGAACGCUGGAUAAUCCCGUGGAUAA